AUGUUCGUAAGUGGCCCUUUUCGGAUUCCUGCAGGUUUGCUUGUAUUGCUUAUCCUUUGCACGCUGUUGUUCGGCUCACCAGUGGACGAGGAUCCCGUUAUAGGGUCCAUAAAGGCCUCAGCACCUAGUAACAGGGAUACUGUUAAAAAGGAUGAGAAUGCGAGAGUAGAGAAAGUAAUGGAAAUGUCGGAUUCCAAAGGCCAUGAUGAAAUACAACCAGAGAACGCUAUAGAACAAUCUAAUGAUAAUUUCCGAACGACUAAAGUGAUAAUUUCUGAAAAAGAAGAUACUGGGGCAUUGGUUACACGAUAUACCUGGUUGUAUCUAUUUCAACGUUGGAUACUUUCUUUUCUAUUGUUUGUGGUUUCUCUUUAUUUAAUUGAAAAUAUACGGGACUUGUUUUUUCCAGGCCCACGUAGGCUUCGCCUUGAUGACUCAUAUUUAACAAAUGAUCCUCCUGAGGUCGGACCAGAAAUUGCCUUAAGUUAUGACACUCCUUGGACACUAUAUGAAAAACUAAAAUUUGGGUUUUUUAUCAUAACAGGUUUCCUUUUUUUGCGUAUAUUUUUGGUAGUUUUAUUUGGGACCCUUGCUACUAUGACUAUGAGUGUGGUUGGUUGGGGAGGACGCACUCGUCGCGACAAUGCUCUUUGGUUUAUGAUUUGGGGCAAUAUAGCUAGUGCCUUCGCCGUCUUUGCUGGAGUAUUUGCAGGUGUGUAUCAUAUUAAAGUAUUUGGAAAAGUCGCUGAUAGAUCUGAGUGUAAAAUACUAAUUGCCAAUCAUUCUUGUGUUAUGGAGGUUGUAAUUCUUUUCGCAUUUGCCAAUUUUCCAACUUUUGUAACUCGAAAAGAGAAUUGUGAAAAAGUACCCUUUUUUGGUGCAGUGGCGAAGGCAUUAGAUGCGAUAACGGUUGAUCGCGAUGCCGCUGAGUCUCGUCAAUAUACUGCUAACGCAAUAAAAAUGCGGGCAAAAGACAAAGAUCCUAAUGGUCCUCAAAUUAUUGUUUUCCCUGAGGGAACUACAACAAAUCAAAGGGCACUAUUUCUCUUUAAAAGAGGAGCUUUGGAGCCUGGUGAACCAGUACAAAUGAUUUGCAUAAGUUUCCCUUAUAAAUACUUUAACCCGUGUUGGACUGGUCGAAUGUGUGGUGGUAAUAAUAUGAUCGAUCUUCUGCUGCGUAAUAGUUCUCAGUUUGUAACACGUGUAGAGUUGCGUGUCUUACCAGUGUAUACACCAACUCCUGAAGAAAAGAGUAACGCAACACUCUAUGCAAAACAUUGUCAAAAAAUGAUGGCCACAGUUCUUCAAUGUAGUACAAGUUCUUGUACGUUUAGUGAUUAUGAGGCGUUGGCAAAGAGUCAAAAGUCUAACAAGACUACUCCUGUGUCGUCUCAAAAAGUGAAAGAGUGA